CACAUCCAGCGGAUGGCAGUGAGGGAGCAGAGCAGUGGAGCAGCAGGGUGACCUGAACAUGUGCUGCUGCUCUGCAUCGCCCCCUGGCGGCCGUGCCCCCCACAGCGCACUGGGGGAGCAGAGUGGGGCUCUGGCGGCGGCAGCAGCAGUAGUCGUGGGGUGCAGGGGGGCAGUGCACUGGGGGUUCUGACACUGAGCAGCAUCCUUGUACCCUCCACCUCCACGUCUGGCACUGAAGGCAGACCCCAGCUUGGCAUCACCCUGCAUCUGAGCUCCAUGGCCCCAGGAUGAUCCGCUUUCUGCUGCUUUUGCUGCUUCCCGGGGCCGAGCUUUUAGCCAAUGAUACGUAUGAAGUCGAAACUUUCACAACAACCACUUUGGGGUCUCAGUUUACCAUGGCUGUGACUCCACAGACCUCUCUCCGAAAACCAUCAGGAUCUCGUGCACCCACCAAAAAAAACACAGCUGCCAAAAAUGGCAAAAUGCACCAUCCUCCCCCAGUGGAUAAUAUAAUGACUGACGGAGCCCAACCGGCACAAGGUGGUGGAAUAGUCAACACCACCCACCUGAAACAUAAAAAUUCCACUCAUGAUAUAAGCUCCACACAAAAUAUUACUCACUGGCAUCCAACCAAAAUGCCUGUUACUGCCAAGAGCCAUCCACCGAGGGAGUCGAAUAUAAAGAGACCCAUCAUCAAGAAAGUGCCAACCCCUCCUAGCAAGCCCAAAAGUAUGAUGAAGACCACAAUGAGAAACCCAUCUGCCAGGUAUCAGAGCCCACCACAUGGCCAUCACAAGAAUGUUACCAUCAGGCCAGGUAUAGGACAUUCCCAUGACUUAAAUGCUAGCGCUGGUGGAGCAGAGCUGGCCAAAACCCACCAAGCUGUUACACCACUGAGAACCACUUUAAAACUUGACCAGAAGGACGUCUCACCAGUAGCCAGUGGAGUGAAACAACUCCCAUUGGGUUCCCAGCUCAACAAACAACUAAAAGAUAAAGUCAACACCACCUCAGUAUUGCUCAGCACUGUAAUAAACGAUAGUCCCAGGUCAGUUACACACAAUAUCAAUCAUAUUACUCACACUUUACCAAAUUCCAGUUUUGUACAUAGAAAAAAGACUGUGUUAUAUGAACUAAACGCUCUGAACACAUCAGAACAUGUGCCGAGAGCAGAAGUCAUGUCCUUGGUACCACAAAUCGACCAAUCGACACUUGGGCUUUUGAAGGGGAUAAAUUUGCUAGGAGCGAGCCAGUCCGGAGUAAUGCAAAAGUUGAACUCAAAAGUGAAUGUAAGGGUACCCGAUAGGAAUGUGAUCUAUAACCAUACAAAGCAAAACUUAAGAGACACGACAGAACUUUUUGGACUGGGUCAAGAUGGGACAGACCCAGACAAAACAAAUAGAGUCAGUUCUACUGAGCCUGUUGAAAUAGGGACUGUGACCAGUGGGAGCAUCAAAAGAACUUCAGAUACACGAAGUGUUAUAAAUAUUCAGUCUGGUGAGGGAGAAGGUACACAGGUCCAGACUCUACAGACAACAACCCAGGCAGAAGUACAACCACACAACAUUGUGGAACAGCAAUACCAGACUCUGCCAGAACUCACAACAGUUAGACACAUGCAUCACAACCAGACACAUAGUCAUAAACACCAUAAACACCCCUUCUUGGGUGAACAUAAACAGUCUGAUAACACGGUGUCCGAACAUACAAUAACAUCCUCGGGAAGGUCAGGUGGUACUAAUAAACACCAUCAUAGACAUCUACACAACUUUACUCAUCCACAUGAGCAUAACGAGCACUGGGUGCAACAUCAGAUAAGCUCUGCUCAAGUCUCCUUAGAUCUGCCAAGCCAAUCCCCACUCCAUGUAGAGACGACAGACUUGCAUGAAAGACAGGCAACCAUCAAAAAUGGAUCUGAUACAGAUGCAAGUGUCUCGUCUUACUUAAUAAAGAACAUUUCCGAACCGGAAACAUCUACACCAAGUGCACUGACACUUUUCACAACAUUAGAACCAAAUUCGACUAACCAAAGUUUACAGAACCUAACUACUGUAAGUCAAUUAACAACGCAGGCCCAACAGGUGUCCACAACACUUCAUCAACCUAAGCAUAAAACAGGCCCACACAAGCUCAACAGUUUGGAAGAAGACAGCCUACUAAGUCCAUCCCUAAACAUGACCAUUAAACCAGUAACACAGAAACAUCUACCAACGGAAUCAAUCACAUAUAACACAACUGAAGAGUUUCCGAUGGAACUUAUCACCCAAACACAAUCACAGCUAACAUCACAGUUGACCACGCAAAAAAUUACUGAGGCCACGGUACAUGGCAGCCAAAAAAUAACCAUAUUAACUGAGCUAACCACACAGUCACAGCUUAAAGUUAAAGAGACCCAACCUGGGGAACCUACACAGAGCCAGCCAGAUCUGACCACACAUAGUCCACCUUAUGAGUCCACAAGGAUCGAUCCAGAUCUGACCACAGAGAACCAGUAUACAAGGGUCAGAAUAGGAUCAUCCACUGAGCCACUGCCUAACUCGAGUCCAAUCACAGAGACUCACUCUCAUCUGUUUGGAGUGACUGAACCUCUGUUGACCACACACAGUCCACAAGACCUUGUAACUAUGAAAAACUUUAACGAAACAAGACUAUCCAAAAAUAAUCAGUACAGUGAGUCUAGAACACCUCCAGGUAGUAGCUCAGAUCCAAUAACACAUGGCUACACAGAGUUAUUAACACAAACAGAUUCGGUCUUAAACAAGACUCAAUUAACUUCUCAAACGGAACCAAUCACAAAGGGCAAAUCAGAAUCAAACAUCCAUGUUACUAACACACAACCAUUCAGUUGGACAGAGAAAGAACCAACAACAAAAGGCCAGACAGAACCAAAUACUGAAAUAGAACAAACCAAAAGCAGCCAAAUGUAUUCAAUAACACAAAAAGAGUCAAUCGCAAAGACAACAACCAGUUGGCUUGAAAGGACUCAUGCAGUAUCACUAUUAGAAACUGAACCAAACACAACUCAUAGCAGCUCAACAUCACCUUUACACAAAGAAGUGACCACAGAAAGCUACACAGAGCUACCCACACAAAGACCAUAUAUCACAAAGGGCACCACAGAGCUAACUGGUAAGCCUAGGAGAUGGUCUACCACUCCAAGCAGGACUCUCGUAAAGAAUGAGACAGACUCAGUCCCACCAAAAACUAAACCACUUAACCAAACCACUACAAUAGGAUAUGGAAGGGAUGAAACAGAAUUCACUGAGCAAACUGAAACAACUUCUAAGAUUACUCUAAACCCAAUUACACCCUUUGGUGGCAUAUUGCCAACUCACAGAGGACACUUACAGUCAACACAAACACAACCAGAUGUGGAAACUCAGACCUAUCCACAGCACACCACUAGGGCUGGAUCAGAGCUUACUCCUACCACAAAGUCUGAUGUACAAACAGCUAAAGAAGACCUAACUUCAGUUCUGGCUGUAUCAAGUGUAAGUUAUGGCCAUGGUACGUCACAUACCACUGAAGAACCUGGGCGUGAUGUAUCAUCUAGCCCAUCAUUGACUGGUGGACGUCAAAACAAAGAUGGUAGAUGGGACUCGGGAUCAACAUUGCCUUCAAAUGUAUCAACAUUUCACCCCACAAGAAGCCAUACUUCAGGAAGAGACCGUGGGCUUACAACAGCAAAAAGUUCUUCAACUGAGAUGAAGUUGAUGACAUCACCGCAAUCCAACAUGUUUUCCACCCAGACUCUUGGUGAAGUGAUGUCAGCGGAGCCUGGAAGAGACCGGAUCUUCAUUGUAGACGAGCAGCAACCAGUCUUUAAAGUGCAAACCAUUAAUGUCACUUACAAAAUGAGGCUGACCCAUCACGCAGCGUGUGAGCAGCUGGACUCCUGCAGACCACUUCUCCUACAAGAGUUGACUGCUGCCUACAAGUCCACCCCAGGCUUUGACAAGAUUGAGAUUCUGAAUGUGACGACGGCUGGCACGGUCUUGGAAUACAAAGUGCUGUUCUGCGUGCGCCCAGGGAGCCUGAUGUCUGCCACACAGGAAGUUGUCCUCUCUAAUCCAUCCAUGCUUUUUGGGUCUUCGAAGAAACCCUUGGCCUAUAGAAUCUAUAACACAACUCUGUUGGACAAUCAUGCCGAUCCAUGUACAGACUGGUUCGCUUGUCCUCGGAGUUUCCAGUGUGUGCCUCUUCGGAAGUUUAGCGCCCUCUGUUUGUCACCUUGUCACAGCAUUUUCUGCCACAACAACGGCAUCUGCAUCCACCGCAAAGGGCAGGACCCUGAGUGCCAGUGUCCAAUUGGCAGAGACUUUUGGUACAUGGGACAAACCUGUGACUACAGGAUGACUCAUCACCGCCUCGCCGCCAUCGCCUGCGCCGUCGUGUUCUGCAUCAUCAUUUGUGCUGCGGCCGCGGUUUUCAUCCUGGUUCGGAGGUUCCAGACACAGAUCCUGCAGCAGAAAGUGGCUCAGACUCAAAGCAGUUACAGGAGGUUCAGUCGCUUUGACGAUGUCCCCACGCAUUUCUGGUGCCCUUCACAAACAUGGCUGACGGCCUCAGCGUCGCUCAACUCCCUGGAUAACCCGGCAUUCAGCAGCUCUGAAGAGGUCUUUCCCCUGCAGGCUCUGGGGAGCUGCGUGUGCGGCUGUCAGGACGGUGCAAGGAGCGGCUCCCAAACAAACCAGCCCCAGCAGGCCGCCCGGGCCCAACCCAGGCUGGAGACGAGUUGCAGCAGCGUCAACGACUUGAUGAUUGACUCCGGGAAAGCAAGCGACGUGUCGGUGUGCAGCUGGCCCAUGGAACCCAUCCACUGGACCCCCUUCCCCAUCCUACACCAGCUGUCCCUGCAGUCUCCGUUUCACGCUCGCAGACCCCAUUCCUACUUUGAAGGGAUGGAGCUGGUCAACACAGAGAGGAGCUGGACUGCGUAGCUGCUGGGAGCACCUAUGGGAAGGGCCGGUGAACAGCAUUAUCAAGGACACUCAUGACCGUGCCUGCAAUUGGAGGAGUCACCGAACGACUCCUUACAAAACUUGUCAGCCCCGUGUCUGUAAGACUGACCAUGCACAAACUAUAUACUGCGUGUAGCACUUAUGUGUGGUGUAUAUCAUCCCAUGUGAUUGCAGAAACUCCCAUGUCGACCACUAGAGACUGCUCUGGACUUAACACAUCACGGCCGUCUGAUGACAUCAUCGACUACUGUCUUGCAGAUUGAUUCUUGCAACAGAUAAAAAUCUUAUUGUAUUACCAAUAAUAAAGUGUCACUCUGCA